CUGAGGUAACCAUGGUGCCGUGGCCGCCUGAAGCGGCCGCCGUGUGAGGGGCGAGGCCUGAGGGGCCGGGCGGCGGCAGUGCCUGAGGCGGCUUUGGUGACUUCCUUGCCCGGCUACACACUGUCCAGGCACCUGGAAGGUAUAAGAGCUGUUUUGCAAGUUUAGACGGCAAUUUUAGAGGUAAUACGGGAUGUCAACUAUUCUUGAAUGUGCUAAAGCGAGUCCUAUUCUGCUGACCAGGCUUCUGAGCAAGUGACUGGGCUAUCUUCACAGAGUCUCCUGAAGGUGGAUUGUGGUUUAUAUGUCAAAGGAUGGUGCGGUCACGAUCUCGAUCUCGAUCCCCCAGGUGGAACAACAGGUCUUUAUCACCAAUACCCAGAGAUUCUGAACAAUACAAGCAGAAGUAUUCUCAUGGGCAUUAUGGCUGUGAAUAUAGGAAGGAUCCAAAAAGACUCACCGAAUGGAGAAUGGACAUUGAGAAACAUGAGCAGUGUAAACCAAGAAUUUCCCCUCGUGGAAAUAUACAUUACAGAUUUUAUGAACAUAGGUCACCUUCCCCAAACAUAAGAAGAAACUUUUUAGAGAGUUGUUAUACACAAAAGCCUCACCGAGUGUAUUCACCUGGAAGAGGGAGCAGUGACAGAAGAUCUCAGUACAUGCCCAAGUAUUCAGAGUGUGUACCCUACAAAGAGUAUGAAAGGAAUUUUUAUCCCCAGGAAGUGCAAGGAAGGUAUAUGUCUGAUGACUACAGAGUUAGAGGAAUUGAGAAAGUAGGGAAACCACCUCAGAGGUCAAUGGUAGAUUCUUUUAGAUUUGAAGGAAAGUGGCAUGAAGAUGAGUUGAGGUAUCAGAGAAUACAAGAAGAAAACUAUUCCCAGUCACCUCGAAGAGGCUUUGAAGACUUUGACACAAGGAGCUCUUUUCAGAAGAGGUAUCCUGAAGAUCAUGAUUUCAACAGCUAUGGACACAUGUUCAAAAGACUUAAAGAUGUGGAGUGGUAUGAAAACAGAGCGCCUUCCAGGAACCCAAAAUGGAAGCCUGAACAUCCUCUUUCACCUUACCAAGAAGAGAAAGAUCAGUGGGACAUUGGUGCCCAAACUCAUCGAUACACUGAGAGGGAAUACCCAGGGACUAGUUCAACUGCCAAAGUGUCCUAUGACUAUCGCCACAAACAUCAGAAGCCGUCAGGUGGAGACCAGAAUUUUACUGAUGGGAGAACUCAGAGGUACUUGAGGGAAGAUAGAAAACAUAGUUUUCAAAAAGGCACUGUAAAUAGAGAAUCAGAUUGUUUUAGUGCUGGAAGAGGGAGAGAGACUGAAGGUGGGCAAGGCAGAGAACCUUUUAAACCAGCUAAGGAAGACUGCAUCGCCUGUUCUCGCUCAAAUAAAAAUGAGGUUGGUUUGAGGCCCUGUAAUGAUAAAUGGAAGGGAAAAGGAAAGACAGAAGGGGAUUGCAGAAGAGAGAGCAACUUUUCCAGUAACCAACCUGAUAAAAGUCAGAAACUUGCUGAUGUGAAACCUUUAUUUGUCAAUCUUAGGAAGAAUUCACUUACAGUUAAAGUAGCUGUGAAGAAAACAGUAGAUAAAUUCAGGGUUGCUUCUAGCUAUUCCACAGAGAGACAGAUGUCACAUGAUUUGGUUGCCGUUGGCAGGAAAAGUGAGAACUUUCAUCCAGUGUUUGAACAUCUUGACUCAACUCAGAAUACUCAGAACAAACCUACAGGAGAAUUUGCUCAGGAAAUCAUAACAAUAAUUCAUCAAGUUAAAGCAAAUUGUUUUCCAUCAUCUGAAACUACUCUGCAUGAGCGUUUCUCAAAACUGCAAAAGACACAGGAUGCAGAUAUAAAUGAACUUAAAUUGAGUGCGGAUCCAGAAAUUCACAGGAGAAUUGAUAUAUCUUUGGCUGAGCUUCAGAAUAAACAAACUACAGUAUAUGACUCAGAACAGACUGUGGUCAAAAUAAUAGAUCCAAAUGACCUACGGCAUGACAUUGAAAGGAGGAGAAAAGAACGGUUACAGAAUGAAGAUGAGCACGUUUUUCACAUAGCUAGUGCUGCAGAGAGGAGUUAUCUGCAUUCCACUUUUCCAAAGGUGAAGAAUAUUCUUGCUGAGGAAUUUCAAAAGCCUACACAGCAUAUAAAACCAAAUGUUAGAAAGUUUAUUCAGGAACCAUACAUGAAUUAUAUUGUGCAGAGUACAGAUGUCAUCACUCAGAAGCCAUCUGGAGCUGAGGGAAAACGUCAAAACAAAAGAGGCAAUAAAAGACCUAAGCGCAGCUUUUGGCGUGGCAGAUUGCAGCCCCAGAAUACAUCAGGCCUGGUACAGAAGAGCUUGUGCAUUCAGGCUAAAUAUCAGCGUUUACGCUUUACUGGUCCAAGGGGAUUUAUCACUAAUAAAUUCAGAGAAAGAUUCCUGGCAAAAAAAAGAGACAUGCAAAUGUUGCUACGGAAGUCUAACCUGGAAUUAUUACAAAUGGAAACGAUACUACAGGAGGAGUUAAAAUUGGCAGUACAGCACUAAUACUGUAACUUUCUGGAGAAAAUAACUUUAUUUUUUGGUAGUGGAAUGCUGCAACUUUUUUACAACCUAACGAUUGCUGUUAAAUUACCGGAGUCAAUUUAAAACUUGUAUUAACUACAGUUUCUUUUGCAAAAAGCCUCAAAAAAAGUCACUCCAAGGGCAGUUUGUUGAUGCAUUUUUCUCUAAGCAUGGUUUCACUGAGAACUUAACCAAGUUAUAUCCUGACAUUUGUAUGUUAAAAGUUUUACUUAUGUAAUAAAAACAAAAACAAAAGUAUCUGAAAUGUAUAGUGCUAUACAUGAAAGAACUAUAAACAGUGGCCUUAAAGUAGCAAAUUUUAUACUGGAUUUUUCUUUUUCUGAUGACAGUUUGACUUAAAACUUGAACUUUUCUUAAAUUUCUGAAUAUCAAGGCCUAUAUAAUUCAUAUAGUUCAUAUUAUGAUAUAAGAAGGCUAGAGAAAAGGUGCUUCAAAUUUUCCAUCAGGUCAUUGUGAGUGCACUGAUUUUUUAGUAUUAUGCUCAUUCAGUUUUUUCCACAACUAUUUACUCUUUUCCAAUUUCAAAUUGGUAUUGUGGAAAACAAACAAAGCUUUUGUAAUCUGUAUUCCAUCUUGUUUUUCCCUCAGGGCAAGCUUGUGCAUAUCAUAUUUUUAAAGGCUUUUUAAAAAUCUUACAGACACAAUCUCAUAUUGGAAAACUGUACUUUACUACUACAGCAUUACACACGUUUGGCAAGCACUUCUGAUAGUGCUUCCAGUUCAGCUGAUAUGUGUUGCAUUCCUAUGUGUAAGAGAAAAUGGAUGGGAUUUUAAAUGAACUUUGUAGAUCCCAGUACCUUAUUUGUUCAUUUUUCUCUGUUCUGCUUAAUAGCAUGUGCAC